AUGAGAGAUCCAGAACCCUGCAGAAUCAAACACACUGAAGAUACUGAAGAACUAACAGAGUUGAUUGAAGAAAAUGAGGAAAAGGAAGAAUUUAGUAAAGUUGAGGGAAAAAAUCUAUUCAAAACUGGAGAAAAACCUUUGAGUUGCUGUCAAAGCAAAGAGAUAAUAUUAAGGAAAUCAAGAGCCAAGAAAUCUUUCACCUGCACUCAGUGUGGAAAGAGUUUGACAUCCAAAUAUAGUCUUGAUGUUCACAUGAGAGUUCAUACUGGAGAGAAACCAUACAAGUGUUCACACUGUGACAAGAGAUUCAGUCAGUUAGGACACCUGAAAACACACGAGAGGAUCCACACUGAAGGGAAACCGCACACAUGUGAUCAAUGCGGGAAGAGUUUCACACAAAAAAUAAACUUUACGGAGCAUAUGAGAGUUCAUACAGGAGAGAAACCGUUUACUUGUGAUCAGUGCGGGAAGAGAUUCUCACACUCAGCACACCUUAAAAGACACACAAACAUCCACACUGGAGAGAAACCAUAUUCAUAUGAUCAAUGCGGCAAAGCAUUUUUGUGCGCUUCAUACCGGAGGACACACCUGAAAGUUCAUACAAAGGAGAAACCACAUUCAUGUCAUUUGUUUGGAAAUAGUUUUGCAUUUCUGCAAAGUUUUAAAGUACAUCAGAAAACACAUACUGGUGUGAGAGACUACAUGUGCCUUGAGUGUGAGAAGACUUUUACUUCAGCAAAGUAUUUAAAACGGCACCAGAGGAUUCACACUGGAGAGAAACCUUAUAAGUGUUCACACUGUGACAAGAGAUUCAGUCGGUCAGGAACCCUGAAAACACAUGAGAUGAUUCACACUGGAGAGAAACCAUACAAGUGUUCACACUGUGACAAGAGAUUCAGUCGGUCAGGAAUCCUGAAAACACACGAGAGGAUUCACACUGGAGAGAAACCUUACACAUGUGAUCUGUGCGGGAAGGGUUUCACAAUAAAAGGAAGCCUUACAGCACAUAUGAGAGUUCAUACUGGAAAUAAACCGUUCACUUGUGAUCAGUGUGGAAAUAGUUUCUCACCUGGAGAAAAACCAUACAAGUGUUCACACUGUGACAAGAGAUUCAGUCGGUCAGAAACCGUAAAACAACAUGAGAGGAUUCACACUGGAGAGAAACUUUACAAGUUUUCACACUGUGACAAGAGAUUCAGUCGGUCAGAAAUCCUGAAAACACACGAGAGGAUCCACACUGAAGAGAAACCGUAUCACUGCACUGCGUGUGGGAAGCGUUUCAAUCAAUCUUCUGCUCUACACAGACAUACAAAAAACAUUCACAGUAAGUAGAUCAUCUUCAGAUCCAGCACUUUCAGGUCUGAUGCUGCUUCCUCACCAAAUGUGACACAGUAAUGCAUCA